AUGGCAGCUGUAACUGAACGCAUUGGAGGUGUGCAAACUCGCUCCAAUGAUAAUUUCGCCAUUUUCGUAGAUUUUUUUGCUAUCACCUACCGUAAUCAUUUCGGAACUACAGAAAACCAAAAUCUCAAGGCCUACAUCUGGAACCUUUAUAACGAAAAUGUGAUGAUGAAGCAUCAACUCACCCAACGGUACGCAGCAGUCGACCCGAACACGGCGAUGCCGAAUUUCUAA